CGUAAGCUCAGGUGAGAAGAGGCUGGACUGUUAUUAUUUACCUGAAAUUAAUGCGAUACUACAGAGAGAGAGAACACGGGUUUUAAGCUUUGAAAGGCGAGGUGUCAUGGGGUCAUGGAUGCUGAUUUGGAUUCUGUGUGCCACCGUCACUCUGAUGCCUGUGUGUCUUCAUGGAGCAAUAUCGGUCCGUUUUAAAACCGGACGGCCUCUGUAUGUUGCGCUCGGCCAAACACUUGUUCUGGAAGCCAUAUUAAAGACGGAUCCAGGCGACAAGAUAGACAUGGUGACGUGGGACCGCGAGAGAGGAACAGACAAUGUCCGACUGUCACAAGGAAACAGAAUAUCUUUGGAGAAUGGAGAUGCACUUCUGCGGCUCACUGAUGUUGCAGAAGAGGACUUUGCGAUCUAUAAGGUCACCGUUACGGACAGUAAUGGAUACCAGCAGCACGACUCCAUAGAAGUGCGAAAGAUUGUGGAACCUCUAAAGACGUCAAUUAUGCACGUGCUGGAGUGUGUUGUAGAUAAUCAUGGCAUGACGCAGUGGGACAGUCCUAUGUUUUCUUGGCUGGUUGAUGGUGUUACAGUAACCAAUCAAACCGCUCUGUUAGCAGAUGGAAGUAGACUAGUCAUCUCUGAAGUGAAGGGCGUUAACUACACCUGCAUCAUCAAGAGCAGCCUGGGGGUAGUGACUUCACAUUAUCAAAUACCAGAAGAUUCGUCAGAGUCUCCGUGCUUUUGUGCAGGAAAGAUUGCAGCUUCAGUCAUAACAGCAAUACUAAUAACACUUGUGGCUGGGUUCAUUGUGAUGAAGAAAUGCAAGAACAGUCCCCUCCUUUAGCCAACACUGUACACUCACAACUUUUUCACAAAUUUAGUUUUUUUAUUUAUUUUACUUAAGUACUGUUUGACAUCACAUUAUAAGCUUUUCCCUCUUUUUUAUGACGUUUAUUAGAAUAGCAGAAAUAUUGUUUCCGGCACAAAUACUGUACGUGUCUCACGAACAGAUUUCAGCUUCCAGGUUUAAAUGUUUUCUCUCUUUUUUUUUAGCUGUUUCUCUGCAGUUUGUUCUUGUUCUAUGUCAAAAGAAUGUUCUUGUGUUCAUCGUAAAAAAUUUGGUUAAACGUUAAAAAUGUGAGUGGUUAAAAUGUUUACUAUGGUUUGUAAAGAUACAAGCUGUUUUGUUUACAAAAAAAUUAUGUAAGUGCAAUUAAGUAGCUUUCUACCUCAAUUGUUCUAAAAAUAAAUCUACUUUUGGAGCAC